GUCCGCGACGUGCUAGUGACGUGUGGACACAGGACAUCAUGCGUACGAUAUUGAUAUGUAUGAUGUGUGCAGUCACAGCUUAUGCACAGUACGAUUCACCUACUCCUCCUAGACUGCAAAUACCAGGGGCGAUUCCUUUAGGUGGGCCUGCAAGGCAAGGAGGCUUCAGACAAGGAAGAUUUAAUGUCGCUCCAGUUCCAGGUGCUAUACCAAGAGGCAGAAGACCAGGGCUAAUAAGACCCUCUUUCAAAUCCGUUGACGCAGCACCAAGGCCCAGUCUUCAAUCACUAGAAGAACUAUCCAAACCAGUGACCGAGGAACCCGAAGAUGAUUAUGAGAUCAACACACCCACCGCCUUCUCUCCAAAUAUUCUGUCAACACCGGAACCGCAAAAUGACUUCUUCGACAUCACUACUACCUCUCAACCGAAACCACCGAUCAUAUUCAACCAAUCACCAUUCCAGCAGUCUACACCAUCAGUACCAAAACCCGAACCGAUAAAGCCUACGCAAUACAGACCAUUACUCGUGCCGCAAUCAUUCAACCCCGUAAGAAACGAACCUAAGCCUCAGCCUGUAAGACUGCAGCCGUUGUCAAGUCGACCACAACGACCUAUUUUCAGACCAGAACCGAGACCGUUCGUUGAAGAGGAAGAGGUACCCGUACAACAACCCGUUAGACAAUACUCGAGACCACAAGAGCCCAGUCGCGCGCCUAUCAAGAGCGUUCCUCAUCAGAAAUACACACCAUCAAAUCCUAGAGAAAAAAAGCCGGUGGCACAAAUCAUUCGUAAAUACAGAGAUGAAAAUGAAGACGGUAGCAUUACAUGGGGUUUCGAAAAUGACGAUGGAUCCUUCAAAGAAGAAACCAUCGGUGUAGAUUGUAUCACCCGCGGAAAGUAUGGCUAUGUUGACCCUGACGGUUUGAAGAGAGAGUACAAUUAUGAAACGGGUAUCGCAUGUGAUAAGAACAAUCCAAAUCAGGAGGAAAAGGGAUUUAUUGACUAUCAAGAAAACAAAGCUGUAUUGCCUAAUGGAAUAACCAUCGAUCUCACAGCCAUGGGCAAAAAAUCUAAAAGGCCAUUCCGAUCACCUGUAAAUCAUUAGCGU